AGGGCGUUUCGGAUCUGAUUGGCCUCCCCUCGUGGGCGCCUGACUAGAGUGUCGCCCCGGAUCGUGCAGUCUUUGGGGACGAGAACACCAGAACAUGCCUUGCUUGUUCCAAAGCCCGCGUUUGGAAGAAGGAGCCGUGGAAAGUCGAUCGGGUACUGGACGACUCGCUUCUUUGGACUAGGCCGAUUGACCUGGGUUUGGGUCGGAGGCCGCUGGGGCUUCAAGUGAUGGGAUACCCGGCCGGAAGGGUCGCCAAACUUGGACCGACGUACACAGCCGGCCGGGGAAAUUUUCCGCUUCAGUGGCAAAGCAUGCUCCGAUAUGCGGGCCAGGAGGUUCAUGGAGUCCAUUCACCUUAUUUCAAUAUCGAGGUGAACUUUGACAUGGCCGCGAACACGAGCUUGCGUAUGUUCUCAGCCGAAUAUUUAACCGACCGCCACUCACCUCGGGAAGCCGCUGCUGGACGUCUCCUCGCGCCCGAGGACAAAUUCACAACACUGAUGGACAAGACCUCGGUUGCCAUGCGUGCUGCUGGGCUGCUGGGGGAGGAAGACCCGCUCUCAUAUGCCGAGAUACCAUUCCAUCUGGCGGGGAACGAGUCCAAGCCAAGUUGCCGAUUCUGCGUGCAACCCCUGCUGCGGAACUGUCAUUCGCGACGCCUUUUCAUCUUGGAUACGGGAUACGUGGGAUUGGCUCCGGCCCGAGGCCCAAGUUGGAGAUCAGCUUUACAGGUUUGCCGGGGCAGGCUUUCCGUUCCUCGUUCGCGAUGCCGGCAUAUCGUCACAAGAUGGACUGCUUCUGCACCGCUUAGUUGGGGAGUCGUAUGUUGAAAUGCAGGCUUGGGAUGAGACAGAGAAGUGGGCAUCUUCUCCCGCUGAUA